UUGGGACACUCGGACUUGCGUAGUAGGCAUCAACUGCAACGCCUGGCUCGUCGAGGUCGCAAAACACACUGGAAGUAUGCAUCGAAAAACCUACCCGGUCUGGGUCCAGAACCAGCAGUUGUGGUCACGACGUUCUUGCACAAGCGUCGCUGUGCGCCCAGCCGGAUUGGCCGGCAAGUCGGCAUCAUGUCUUCUGGAAUUGGUCAAUCCUCUCACGCCCCAAGAAGUGACAUGUCGACGGCAGAGUGA